GUUACAUAUUUGAAAUAUAAAAAGAAAGCAAAAAAAACGACAUUACCCAUAAGUCACGAGACCGGUUCGCUUGCCAGGGUGUGGCUCAACACUUUGAUUGCGGCCAAGUUUAAUCCUCCUUCUAGUCCUCUUCGUUCCUCAUUGCUGCUUCUGCUUCGGUCUGUAUUACAGUCAUCUGUCCCGAAAGUGAAACACUCCUCGCUCGGUUUUAUUACGUGCUUCAACUCAGAGAUGGCUGGUACAGUGAAGGCCCACAGUGGAUUCAAUGCCAAUGAUGAUGCUGGGGUUCUUUACAAGGCCAUGAAAGGAAUUGGCACUGAUGAGGAUUCUAUUCUGAAGCUGUUGACGUCACGCAGUAAUGCACAGCGCCAACAGAUCAAAGCUGCGUACAAAACCCUGCAUGGAAAGGACUUGGUGGAUCAUUUGAAAUCAGAGCUUGGUGGGAAGUUUGAAACUCUGAUUGUAGCUCUGUUGUCUCCUCCCAUAAAGUAUGAUGUCACAUGCCUGCGGGACGCCAUUAAGGGGGCGGGCACUGAUGAGAAAGUAUUGAUUGAGAUCUUGGCAUCUAGAGCAGCUAAUGAAGUCAAUGAGAUCAAAAGCUUGUAUAAGCGAGAGUAUGAUGACGACCUGGAGAAAGAUGUUACUGGUGACACUGGAGGUCAUUUCCAGAGGAUGCUGGUUAUUUUGCUUCAAGCCAGCAGAGAGCAAGGUAUAAAAGAGGACCUCAUCCAAAGUGAUGCCCAGACUCUGUUUACUGCAGGAGAACAGAAGUAUGGCACUGAUGAAGGCCAGUUCAUCACUUUACUGGGAAACCGCAGUGCUGCUCACCUUAGGAGAGUGUUUGAGGAGUAUAGAAAACUGUCAGGCUACGAGAUUGAAGAAAGCAUCCAGAGAGAGACCUCGGGAAGCCUGAGAGAUGUCCUUUUGGCAGUGGUGAAGUGUGCCCGCAGUGUUCCGGCUUAUUUUGCUGAGAGUCUUUACAAUGCUAUGAAGGGGGCAGGCACAGAGGACCAGACGUUGAUGAGGAUCAUGGUUUCCCGCAGUGAGGUAGACAUGCUGAAUAUACGUGCCGAAUUCCGCAAGAUGUUUGCCACCUCUCUGCACAAAAUGAUUCAGGGUGAUACUUCAGGUGACUACCGUAAAGCCCUGCUGCUUCUGUGUGGUGGUGAUGAUGCAUAAACCCAGCUGGCCUCUCUGCCUGGGUCAUGAUGGGAGUCAUGUUACUAUGAGUCCUAUCUCAGAGGGCAGGUUUAUGGGACCAGGGACCCAGUCCCCUUCUGAAUCUAAAACACCACCCCCCAAAAAAAUCUAAAGUGUGAACAUACACCUUAUAGCACAGCAUUACUGAACUCAAAAAAGCAAUUAAUUCAUUAAGGCAUUCAGAUUUCAUGUAAUCUGAGUGCAUGUAAAAAUUGUCCUCGACAAAUCAAUUUUAAAGUUAAUGUUGGUCCCGCAACUGUUUAGAGAUUCCUUCUCUAUCUCAUGUUGAAGGUUUGAGAAAAAUGUUAAUACUUUUCUUAAGCGUCAAGAUUUGGCUUUAAAACUUGUAUGACUUGUGGUAAUUCCACACAAAAAGAAAGUCCUGCUCAUUUUAUUUUAAAGAUUAAAUUGCAAGCUUUAUACAUUUUAAAGAUAAAACUGCAUGCUUUAUACAGUUUAAUAUGAAAAUAAUUAUUAACCCAGCUAUUUUACAAAGAAGACCAAUACUCUGUUCUACUUAUUGAAGCAAUAUUUCAUAUGUAUUUAACCAUUUUUUCACUUAUUUAUUGUUUGUAUGCUCACUAACUACUUGACAUUUUUGUGUAUCAUUGUAACAUGUCUCAUUAUUGCCAUUAUUAACAUGUUUUAAUCGAGAUUGGUGGUAUUUAAAGGAGAGGUUUGAUGUUCUUUUGGGAUCAGGGGCAUUUCAAUAAUGUUCCACACACAUAUUAAUAAACAUACUGGCUGUGAUGUGCACAAUUAUGAAGAACUACCCACAAGAAAUGACGAUGAGAAGAGUAAGCCUCUCUUUUAAGUUGGUUCUGAAUUUAAGGUUACUGCUAAUAAGUAAAAGCUGAAGAAGAAGGUGCUACUAUUAAAAAGUCUUAAUAUUGCAUUGCCAUAAUGUUCACAAUAAACUCUGGAAUGUAAGCAAUCAGACCAUCUAAGCUUUCAGUAUGU